ACCAAAUAAUCUCUCUAUAUAUACAUUUCAGACUCUCUAUCUCUCUUAUCACCCUCACAUUUUUCCCUCUCUAACGUUACUAAAAGCUCCUCUCUCUCUUUCUCUUGAAUAACAUGGCUGAAAUAUCUGAUGUAUCGCCAUUGAAGCGUUACAGAGAACAAGAAACCCUAGCAGAAGAAGAAACAACCAAACGACAAAAGCCCGCUUCGUCAUCAUCUUCUUCCUCUUACAACCAAAUUCUAUGUCUCCUCAACGAUUCAGACGAACAAAACCAACACAACAAUGACCUAACUUCCUUUAUAAACGCUCUUCAGCAAGAAAUCUCAUCAGAUGACCAAAACGCCGUCGUUUCCGAAACCAUCAACGUCGAAGACUCGUCGUCAUCGUCGUGCGUUUCCUCGAAAGAAGAAGAUGUCGAAGAUGACAACAAGGAGAAAGUGAUGCAGCAUCUUUUGGAAGCUUCCGAUGACGAACUUGGGAUCCCUCACACAGAUUUUGGCGAGAGUAAUUAUGAAAAGACUAAUGAGAGUUACGUUUAUGGAGAUAGCUUGUUAGAUGGGUUUGGUGAUGCGUUUUGGGAGCUUGAAGACGAAGCUGCUAAUUAUUACACGUUGCUGCAGUCUGAGCUAUUCAUGUAGAAACUAUCCUAAUUAAUGGUCAAAAUGGGAAACAAAUUACCCAAAAAAAAAAAAACGUAAAUCUGGAAGAAUAGGCCAAUAAAAAAAAAGUGGGUGUCUUUUUUUAAUAUGGAAAUUAAUUUCAUUUUUUCAAGACACAUUUCUUUUGUUUUUCCGGAGCGAGGAAAGAUCAUUUUAAUUGAUUGAUUAAUUUGUAGUAAGGCAAUGCCGCAAUGAUAUUAUUUUAAUCUGCUCUACUUUUUGGCCUCUU